UCGCGUGGGUAAUCAUGGAUUUCGUGAGUGAUGUUUUGCAACGAAAUGCUGAAAAAGAAACAAAAUAUAAGACUACAGCAGUCGAAAAAGAUAUAGAUGUCGAAUUGGACAUUGGAAACUUGCUGAGUAGUGAUGGAAAUCCACUUGAUCACGAUAAAUUUAGGUCAAAUCAAGACGAAUGCAUGAGAACCUUAGCACGUGACAACAUACAACUUCUUGUAAAUAAAAUCUGGGAGGUGCCAGUUGAGAGGAUUGAAAACGUGGUGGUUGCCAAGCUGCCACCACCCACUACAGUGAUUCCAAGAGAAAAACGGAUACCGAAACCAAAGCCAGCAUCUAAGUGGCAAGAAUAUGCAAGAGCCAAGGGGGUACAGAAUAAAAAGAAGGGCAGAAUGGUAUGGGAUGAGCAAACAAAGUCAUAUAAACCUAGAUGGGGUUAUGAUCGGGCAAAGGACGACACGAAAGACUGGUUAAUAGAAGUCCCGGCCAAUGCGGAUCCAAAUGAGGACAUGUUUAGCAAAAGAGUGGAAGCAAAAAAAGAAAGGGUUGCAAAAAAUGAGAUGCAGCGAUUAAAAAAUAUCGCUAGGGCUCAAAAAAUUAAAGUCCCAGGAGUUGGACUGACACCAACGAGUGCACCUACAAAACCGCAAGUGGCCAGGGCCCUGACGGCUGCUAAAUUCUCCACACCCUCUCUAGGGAAAUUCUCGGAAAAAAUUCCCAAGGAGGCAAAACAUAUCAAGGUUUCACAUCGUAGAAAGUUUGAUCCUGUCACAGGAAAUAUGGAUACCGAGAAAAAGAGACAAAUGGAAAUUUUUAACAAACUGAACAGCCGCAGGCCUGCGUUGGAUGUAACAAAGGCUGCCAAUAAGGCAUGUGCUCGAGGAAGAAACGGCAAGGAAGAUUGUGGGAGGCAAAAAGAAGAAGACUGCUGCGGAGAAAGAAAGCUAAAGGAAGAGAGAUCGCAGCAGCCACAGAAGGGAAGCAAUGCUCCAGUAAAACGGAAAGGCCAGGAAGGCGAAAGAAAUCUCAUGGGCCCAGUGACAGCUUGGUCUCUAACUUGUGCUGUGCUACUAACUGUGGUCUACUAA